AGAGUGAUACUGGAAAUGUAACGCCGAUACAGAAACGGCUACUUUUUCCGUUAGGUUGUCCUGCGAUUAUGACUGCUUAUUAUCUUUUACGACAGGUCCCGAACCAAUCAAUAAAAAUACAUAGCGAUUAUAUACGUACAGUGCAAUACCUUUCCAUGCUGUUUUGACUUAAAAAGGACGAAUGCGGACAGUACCGCUCCCAAACUCAAGAUGGCGACAGACAACGGCGCUCUCGAGCAGACGACGAAGAAAAAUGAAGCCGUAAAGUGUGUGUUCAGUUUACUUUUACGUCAACCAAUUGCUACUUAGCGGCUGUUUUGUUCUUUUAACAAGCUUUAUGAAAUUUCACCGAAAGAGCUGUGAUACCGCAUCAUGUGUAAAGAAAGCGCCAGUGGAUGAGACAAACAGCAGCGGUGCUCGCCAAACGGCUUUUGAUACGUGGUCGUUUUGACUAAAUGUCGAGUUGAGUUACUCAGGCGACAUUUAAUUAAUGCAGUCCCCCGACGGCCUUCGGAAUUGAGUGCGUGUCGUUAGUUUUCAUUGCAAAAACUGGACCUGUGCAUGUAAGUGAAAUCAAUGGAUCCCAAUCGAAUAAUCCAGGCUCUGAGGGGAACUAUCGAUCCUAAUCUGAGAAGAUCGGCAGAAGAUGAACUCAAUCAGUCCUACAAGAUCAUCAACUUUGCACCAACUCUGCUCCAAAUAAUUGCAUCAGAGCAGGUGGAAUUUCCUGUCCGCCAAGCAGCUGCUAUUUAUCUGAAGAACAUGAUUAGCCAGUACUGGCAGGACAGGGAGCCAUCGCUGGGCAAAGUCGUGUUCCCCUUCAACAUUCAUGAAAACGACCGUCAGCAGAUCAGGGACCACAUUGUGGAAGCCAUCAUCCGCUGUCCUGAGACCAUACGCGCCCAGCUGACCAUAUGUCUUCGAACUAUCAUCAAACAUGACUUCCCAGGACGUUGGACGGCCAUAGUGGACAAGUUAAGUUUGUACCUCCAGUCAAACAACAGUGGCAGCUGGUAUGGCAGCCUUCUGUCGCUCUACCAGCUGGUCAAAACCUACGAGUACAGGAAGGCAGAUGAGAGGGAGCCAUUGCUUGCAGCCAUGCAAAUCUUUUUGCCGAGGAUUCAGCAACUUAUCAUCCAGCUGCUCACCGAUGCCACAAUAUUUGCUGCCCUCAUUCAGAAACAGAUCGUUAAAAUCUUCCAUUCUCUUGUACAGUACUCGCUGCCCCUCCAGUUGAUCAACAACACUGUCAUGACUCAGUGGAUGGAAAUACUUCGAGCCAUAAUGGACAAAGAUGUUCCUGCUGAGACGUUGAAGGUGGAUGAAGAUGACCGUCCUGUGUUACCAUGGUGGAAGUGUAAGAAAUGGGCCUUGCGUGUCAUCACACGACUUUUCAAGCGCUAUGGGAGCCCUGGCAAUGUGACAAAGGAGUACAUUGAGUUUGCUGACUACUUCUUGAAGACUUACGCAGUCGGUAUACAGCAAGUCUUGCUGAAGGUGGUGGACCAACACCGACAGAGGCAGUAUGUUGCGCCUCGUGUUCUGCAGCAGUGUCUCAACUAUCUCAACCAGGGCAUUUCACACUCUCUGACGUGGAAACAGAUGAAGCCACACAUGCAGACGAUUUGUCAGGAGGUGAUCUUCCCUCUCAUGUGUUACAAAGAUGAGGACGAGAGGCUGUGGCAAGAAGACCCAUUUGAGUACAUCCACAUGAAGUUCAAUCUCUAUGACGACCACGCCCUCCCAGCCACUGCUGCACAGAGUCUUUUGUGUAAUGCCGCACGCAAGAGAAAGGAGGUUAUGCCUCAAAUGAUGGAGUUCUGUCAUCAGAUCCUGAUGGAUCCCAGCUGUGACUCUCAUAGGAAGGAUGGGGCACUGCAUUGCAUUGGUGCACUAGCUGAGCUACUACUUAAGAAGCGGGUCUACGUGGAGCAGAUGGAGUUGGUGCUUCAAAACUAUGUCUUCCCUUUGCUCAACUCUCCAUUGGGUUACUUGCGAGCCAGGUCAUGCUGGGUCCUCCACUGUUUCGGCCAGCUCAAUUUCCGCAAUGUGAUGGCACUGAGGAAUGCGGUGGAGUUGGUGAAAAAGGACCUGGUCGAUGACAAUGAGAUGCCUGUCAAGGUGGAGGCAGCCAUUGCUUUACAAACCUUGGUCAGCAAUCAAGAAGAAGCAAAGACGUACAUCAGGCCUUACAUCCGACCAGUGAUGCAAGAGCUGCUCCACGUGGUUAAAGAGACCGAGAAUGAUGAUUUGACCAAUGUCAUCCAAAAGAUGAUCUGCGAGUACAGCCAAGAAGUUGCAGCAAUUGCUGUUGACAUGACACAGAGCCUGGCAGAGAUCUUCACCAGGGUUCUUCAGAGUGAGGAAUAUGAGGAGAAUGAAGACAAGACUGUCAUGGCUCUUGGUGUUCUUAGCACCAUCGAUACCAUUCUUACAGUCAUGGAGGAUCACAAGGAGGUCACACAACAGUUGGAGGGUAUCUGUUUGCAAGUGAUCGGUCUGGUGUUGCAGAAACCUAUCAUAGGUAUGGCAGAGUUCUACGAGGAGAUCCUGUCACUGGCAUUCGGACUUACAUGCCAAACCAUCUCCCCCCAGAUGUGGCAGCUCCUGAGCGUCCUGUACGAGGUCUUUCAGCACGACUGCUUUGACUACUUCACUGACAUGUUGCCACUUUUGCAUAACUACGUCACUGUGGACACAGAUGUCUUCCUAUCCAACCCCAAGCACUUGGAGAUCAUCUACAGCAUGUGCAAAAAGGUGCUGAUCACAGAUGCCGGUGAGGACGCAGAGUGUCACGCCGCCAAACUUUUGGAGGUGAUCAUACUGCAGUGCAAAGGCAGAGGGAUCGAUCAGUGCAUCCCUCUGUUUGUGGAAGCGGUCCUGGAGCGUUUGAUGCGGGGCGUAAAGUCCAACGAGCUCAGGAUCAUGUGCCUGGAGGUGGCUAUUGCUGCUCUUUACUACAACCCGGCCAUUCUCAUGCACACGUUGGACAAUACACACUUCCCCCAGUACUCCCAGCCCAUCACUGUACACUUCAUCAACCAGUGGAUGAACGACACAGAAUUCUUCCUUGGGCUCCAUGACCGUAAGAUGUGCAUCAUUGGCCUGACGGUGCUCAUGGAGCUUCCGAGUCGGCCGGCGGUGCUGGAGGGAGUCGCCGCCCAGAUUAUUCCUUCGAUAUUGCUGCUGUUCUUGGGCCUCAAACACCUUUAUACCUCCCGUCACAUCAAUAAACCAGACCAGCUGGCCCAUAAGAAGACUUUGGCUGAAGAUAAAAAUGAGGAGAUUCCCAGCGAUGAAGAUGAGGUGAACGAGAACAGCAAUACUAUGCAGCAGCAGUCCAGUACACCCAUGGGCAUGGGAGAUGGGAAUAAUGAUGAGGACUACUGGGAUGAUGAUGAUGAUGAUGAUGAUGAUUGCUUUGAGGGAACACCUCUGGAAGAGUACAGCACACCCAUUGACUAUGACAACGGAGAAGACGAGUAUCAGUUCUUUGCAUCCGCACUGCUCAGGGUCCAGAGUAACGAUGCAGCUUGGUACCAGUGUUUGAUAGCACCCCUGAGUGACGACCAGAAGGCGCAGCUCCAGGAGAUCUACAACAUCUCACAACAGAGAAGGAGCAACGCCACCAAAGGCCAGUGAGCGACUUCAGACUCCUAAGGAUAAGGAAGCUGGUCCGACUGGUCAGCAUCAGAAUUUCACCUUUGGCCCAUGUUUCUACCAGGUGGGCUAGCUGUCAUCUGGGACGUGGUGCAAUCAUUUUAGUCAAUACUGGAAUUCCCACCAGAACAGACUUUGUGUGUGUGAGUGUAUGCGUGGGUCUUUGUUGUAAUAUAUAUUAUUGGGACAUUUAAAAAUGUUAUUUUACAGUGCAGUUCAUUAACUGUGUGUGCACGCGUGUGUGAAUGGUUCUUCAAGAAUAAAGCUGGGAUGAAUAACAUGUUUGCAUGUGCUGUCCUAUAAUCCGUCAUCGUUGCUGUAGCAAAGCACUUCUUGUCAUCUCAUGAAUUUGUCGCUUUCGAACGGACACACUGGCAUAUUUUACUCCUGACUAUUGUGUCACAAAUAAGACGUAAAAAAAGAGAAGAAACAGUGUUUUGACUUUGUAUCUGUGCCUGGAUUAUGUUGUUUUGUUUACUGAAAAUGAUAAAAGAAUCAUGUAACAUU